AUGUCAUCAAAGGUGGAAGACGAAUAUAGAACAGGGCCGUUUAGACCAUAUGGUGUUCAAUCAAGAAUACGGAAAGCUAAUGAGCUCUCGAAAAAGGAUUUUGGAAUACUCCUUUUCCUCACAUCCAUUUCCUUCCUACGUAUUUACAAAAUUUACCAGCCGGCAAAUAUUGUGUUUGAUGAGAUCCAUAUCCUAAGAUAUGUACAACAUUACUUCAAGGGGACCUUUUCAGUUGAUGUUCAUCCGCCAUUGGGUAAACUUAUUUACUUUAUAUUGGCCAAAUUGGGACAUUUCGAUCCUGACGCUGACUUUGAAUUCAUCGGACAACCCUACUCCAAUGUUCCAUACACACUCAUGAGGUUGUUUUCCGGGGUUUGCGGCAUUCUUACCGUGAACCUUGCGUAUUUUACUGUACGUCUUGAUUAUGACUACUUGGUUUCCUUGUUCGCUGCAGCAUUAGUUUUGUUUGAGAAUUCGUUAACCACACAAUCGAAAUUCAUCCUACUAGACUCGGCAUUGAUUUUGGGGCAAGCAUUAACUAUCUACUACUUUAGUCUUUUGUGCAGAGCCGAGCCAGAAAGACAGUGGUGGUGGGUUUACGUGAUUGCAACGGGAUUGUCACUAGGCUGGACAAUCUCGAUAAAGUUGACGGGAUUCUAUACCCUUUUAUGGGUGGGAAUCUUUACCUUGUUAGAUUCGUACCAGCUACUUGGUGACUUAACAAUAAGUACCUUCAAGUGGUUCAGAAUUCUAUUCUACAAGUUCUUCACGUUAUUGAUUUUGCCAUUGACAAUUUAUUUAUCGUUGUGGAAGGUGCAUUUUGAUUUAUUACCAUUUGAGGGGCCAAAUAGUGGAUUGAUCUCGCCUAGACUAAGAUCCACUUUCCAAGGCUAUAGUGCAUCACCUUUAGAGGUAUUAUAUGGUAGUACUGUCACAAUCAAACACAAUAGCCUCGAGAAAUAUCUUCAUUCGCAUGAUAAAAUUUACCCCAGGGGAACACAAUUACAGCAAGUGUCGUUGUACGGUCACGAGGAUCCAAAUAACGAGUGGGUGGUUGAAUUGCCACGCAAGUUCUACGAACACAAACACUUUAAUCAAACAAGAGCUGUGAAGGAUGGUGAGUAUAUUAGAUUAUACCACAAGGCCACAGGGAGAUACCUACAUGUGAGUGACGUGAGACCACCAAUCUCCGAACACGAUUAUUCAAAAGAAAUGAAUUGUAAUGCAACAAGGGGGUUAUUAGGCAAUACCGAGUACGAGUUCAAGUUACGAAUUCUAAACAAAAAGCCCCAUGCCGUUAAUAACUUACCAAUGAUCAAGUUGCGUGCUACCGAAACAGUCUUCAUGUUAGUUAGCAGGGAUCAAAAAUGUAACUUGAUAAGUCAUCAUGACAAACUUCCAAGCUGGGGUGAUUACCAAAAUGAAGUGUUGUGUGUUCUGGAAUCAACCAUCCCCAAUUCAUUAUGGUACAUUGAGACCAAUCUGCAUCCCAGAUUGGACGACAAAUCCCCACACGCAGACUUUGGACAUGUGUCCUUUUGGACCAAGGUUUGGGACCUUCAUCAGGCCAUGUUUAGAGUCAAUUCUGAUUUUACUGCGCCACAUAAGUCCAGUUCGAGACCUGAAUCCUGGCCAUUUUUACUCAAAGGUGUUGCCUAUUUCCAGAGCUUGCCACAGUAUACAAGUUUGACAGAACAUACAAGUCAGAUUUAUUACUUGGGUAACGUGGUUACCUAUAUAUUAAGUUUCAUUGUUAUACUCAUCACUAUGAUCAAGCUUGCAUUCCAUGGGUUACGCAAUUUAAAUCCAUACGUGUUUUACCUUGAUCCUGAGGAGAAACGAAUGUUUUAUACCAAUACAUUGCAGUACGUUGCUGGAUGGAUACUUCAUUAUUGGCCGUACUUUUUCAUGCGUCGUAACCUUUAUGCUCACCAUUACUUGCCAGCACUAUAUUUUGCUAUAUUGAAUUUGGGCGAGUACUUGAAUUACCAAAACAGAUACGUACGGGUUCCAUUAAUGGUUGCAGUACUUGCAACUGCUGUAUACUGCUUCGUUGAAUUCACACCUCUUAUUUAUGGAUCUGAAUGGACAGUCGCUAAGUGUGUUGCCCAUAAAUGGUUUUCAAGUUGGAACAUGGAUUGUAUGACAUACGGAGGUUAA